AGGUGGAGUAGCGCCUUCUCCGCGCAAACAUGCUACCCUAAGCGAGCCCCCGACUUUAUUUCUGGGACUCCCCUAGGCACCAAGGAUGCAAACGACACCACUGUUCCUCAUUACCCACUUCCAGUGCUUCCCCCGCCCUCGACCAGUUUGGUUAGUUGAUGCAUGUGUGGAAAGUUUACUGAGUAUGAGAAAGUAGUAGCGGAAGCUGGGAGAUUAAAAAAACAUAAUUUCUCUAGGAGUUGGAGGUAGUUGGAUAGAGAACAAACGUUAUAUAACAUUGAGAAAGCAGCUUUCAACAAAUAUUGCAUAAGCUAAUAACGUGAGAGUUGAUCACAGUAUAGUAGGAGCCCCAAAUUUAAGCCAUUCAAACCCAGUAUUGUGCUAAAAUGGUAAUAUGAAUGUGCUAGAAGUAGCAGAGUUGUAAAAUGAUUAAUAAACUCGAGGACAUCACUCCCCAGAAAGGACAGGGAACACCCAUUAGAACAGAUUGUCCGGAAUGAUUAUGAAUGGACCAAAACAGCCUGGCCUCACCUCUAAGGCCUCCAAUUUAAAAAGCUGCUAGGAAGGUCACGAAACAAGUCAGCAAUCUGUAUGUUAUGAACAAAAUUUGGGGUGGAGCACACCGUGGAGCUGUUGGUCGAAAUGGCUACAAGCAACUGACCUCACUAGAGAAGUGUACCAGCAUUUAGCCCACUAUGUACCCAAAAUCUACUGCAGGGGUCCCAACCCUUUUCCACAGAAAGAAGACAUGCUGGCACAGCAUAUUUUGUUGGGACCGAUGGAAUGGUACCUUUGUGGUGAAGAUCCUGCAUUUGGAUUUCCAAAACUUGAACAAGCAAACAAACCUUCUCAUCUUUGUGGUCGUGUUUUUAAAGUAGGAGAACCUACAUACUCUUGCAGAGACUGUGCAGUUGAUCCAACUUGUGUUUUAUGCAUGGAGUGCUUUUUGGGAAGUAUUCACAGAGACCAUCGAUAUAGGAUGACAACAUCAGGAGGUGGAGGUUUCUGUGACUGUGGUGACACGGAAGCUUGGAAAGAAGGUCCUUACUGUCAAAAACAUGAACUUAACACCUCUGAAAUUGAGGAAGAAGAGGAUCCUCUUGUGCAUUUGUCAGAAGAUGUGAUAGCACGAACUUAUAACAUUUUUGCUAUUAUGUUUCGGUAUGCAGUAGAGAUAUUAACCUGGGAAAAAGAAAGUGAAUUGCCCGCAGAUUUAGAGAUGGCAGAGAAGAGUGACACCUACUAUUGCAUGCUGUUUAAUGAUGAAGUUCACACGUAUGAACAAGUUAUUUAUACUCUUCAGAAAGCUGUUAAUUGUACACAAAAAGAAGCCAUUGGGUUUGCAACUACAGUAGAUCGAGAUGGACGUAGGUCAGUUCGAUAUGGAGAUUUCCAAUACUGUGAGCAAGCAAAAUCAGUAAUUGUGAGAAAUACCAGUAGACAGACAAAGCCACUCAAAGUUCAAGUUAUGCAUUCAUCUAUUGUCGCGCAUCAGAAUUUUGGUUUGAAACUUUUGUCUUGGCUGGGAAGUAUUAUUGGAUAUUCAGAUGGCCUUCGCCGGAUUUUAUGUCAAGUUGGUUUACAAGAAGGGCCAGAUGGUGAAAACUCUUCUCUAGUGGAUAGAUUGAUGCUUAAUGAUUCCAAGUUAUGGAAAGGUGCUAGGAGUGUAUAUCAUCAGUUGUUCAUGAGCAGUCUGCUUAUGGAUUUGAAAUACAAGAAACUCUUUGCUGUUCGAUUUGCAAAAAACUAUGAGCGUUUGCAGAGUGAUUAUGUGACAGAUGACCACGACAGAGAGUUUUCAAUCGCAGACCUCUCGGUUCAGAUAUUCACGGUUCCUUCACUUGCUCGAAUGCUCAUCACAGAAGAAAACCUGAUGACCAUUAUCAUUAAGACUUUUAUGGAUCAUUUGAGACAUCGAGAUGCCCAGGGCAGAUUUCAGUUUGAACGAUAUACUGCUUUACAAGCCUUCAAGUUUAGGAGAGUUCAGAGCCUUAUUUUAGAUCUCAAGUAUGUUUUAAUUAGCAAACCAACUGAAUGGUCAGAUGAGCUAAGGCAGAAGUUCCUAGAAGGAUUUGAUGCCUUUUUGGAAUUACUUAAAUGUAUGCAGGGAAUGGAUCCAAUUUUACGUCAAAUAGGACAACAUAUUGAAAUGGAACCAGAGUGGGAAGCAGCCUUUACACUACAAAUGAAAUUAACACAUGUCAUUUCAAUGAUGCAGGACUGGUGUGCUUUGGAUGAAAAAGUGUUAAUUGAAGCUUACAAGAAAUGUCUUGCUGUAUUGAUGCAAUGUCAUGGUGGUUUUACUGAUGGUGAACAGCCAAUCACGCUAAGCAUUUGUGGACAUUCAGUGGAAACUAUCAGAUACUGUGUUUCCCAAGAAAAAGUUAGCAUUCACCUCCCAAUUUCUCGCUUACUUGCAGGUUUGCAUGUUUUAUUAAGCAAAAGUGAAGUGGCGUAUAAAUUUCCAGAGCUCCUACCUCUAAGUGAACUUAGCCCACCCAUGUUGAUAGAACACCCUCUUAGGUGUCUUGUUUUAUGUGCCCAAGUACAUGCUGGAAUGUGGAGAAGAAAUGGGUUCUCUCUAGUAAACCAGAUUUAUUACUACCAUAAUGUGAAAUGCAGACGUGAGAUGUUUGACAAGGAUAUAGUAAUGCUUCAGACAGGUGCCUCCAUGAUGGAUCCAAAUCAUUUCCUGAUGAUAAUGCUCAGCCGCUUUGAACUUUAUCAGAUUUUCAGCACUCCAGACUAUGGAAAAAGAUUUAGUUCUGAGAUUACCCAUAAGGAUGUUGUUCAGCAGAACAAUACUCUAAUAGAAGAAAUGCUAUACCUCAUUAUAAUGCUUGUUGGAGAGAGAUUUAUUCCUGGAAUUGGACAGGUAAAUGCUGCAGAUGAAAUUAAACGGGAGAUUAUCCAUCAGUUGAGCAUCAAACCUAUGGCUCAUAGCGAAUUAGUGAAGUCUUUACCUGAAGAUGAGAACAAAGAGACUGGCAUGGAGAGUGUAAUCGAAGCAGUUGCCCAUUUCAAGAAACCUGGAUUAACAGGACGAGGCAUAUAUGAACUGAAACCAGAAUGUGCCAAAGAGUUCAACUUGUAUUUCUAUCACUAUUCAAGGGCAGAGCAGUCCAAGGCAGAAGAAGCUCAACGGAAAUUGAAAAGACAAAAUAGAGAAGAUACAGCACUUCCACCUCCAGUUUUGCCUCCAUUCUGCCCUUUGUUUGCAAGUCUGGUUAACAUUUUGCAGUCAGAUGUUAUGUUGUGCAUCAUGGGAACAAUUCUGCAGUGGGCUGUGGGACAUAAUGGUUAUGCCUGGUCAGAGUCCAUGCUGCAACGGGUGUUACAUUUAAUUGGAAUGGCACUACAAGAAGAAAAACAACAUUUAGAGAAUGUCAUGGAAGAGCAUGUAGUAACAUUUACCUUCACUCAGAAGAUAUCAAAACCUGGUGAAACACCAAACAACUCUGCUAGCAUACUAGCUAUGCUGGAAACACUACAAAACGCUCCCUACCUAGAAGUCCACAAAGACAUAAUUAAGUGGAUAUUAAAGACUUUUAAUGCUAUUAAGAAGAUAAGGGAGAGUUCAUCUACAAGUCCUGUGGCAGAGGCAGAAGGAACCAUAAUGGAAGAGAGUUCAAGAGACAAAGACAAAGCCGAAAGGAAGAGAAAAGCCGAGAUUGCCAGACUGCGCAGAGAAAAGAUCAUGGCCCAGAUGUCUGAGAUGCAGCGGCACUUCAUUGAUGAGAACAAAGAACUCUUUCAGCAGACAUUAGAACUGGAUGCCUCAACCUCUGCUAUUCUAGAUAAUAGCCCUAUGGUUUCAGAUAUGGCACUUAUAGCAUUGGGACCCGCACAAACUCAGGUCCCUGAACAGAGACAAUUUGUUACCUGUAUAUUGUGUCAAGAGGAGCAAGAAGUUAAAGUGGAAAGCAGAGCAAUGGUCUUGGCAGCAUUUGUUCAAAGAUCAACAGUAUUAUCAAAAAACAGAAGUAAAUUCAUUCAGGAUCCAGAAAAAUAUGAUCCAUUAUUCACGCACCCAGAUCUGUCUUGCGGAACACACACUGGUAGCUGUGGGCAUAUUAUGCAUGCCCAUUGUUGGCAAAGGUAUUUUGAUUCCGUUCAAGCUAAAGAACAACGAAGGCAACAGAGAUUACGCUUACAUACAAGCUAUGAUAUAGAAAAUGGAGAAUUCCUUUGCCCCCUUUGUGAAUGCUUGAGUAAUACUGUUAUUCCUCUGCUGCUUCCUCCAAGAAAUAUUUUCAACAGCAGGUUAAAUUUUUCAGACCAACCAAAUCUGACUCAGUGGGUUAGAAUAAUAUCUCAGCAAGUCCAAGCUUUACAGUUUCUUGGGAAAGAAGAAAAUACUUCUAAUACUGCUUCUUCAGAGAAUGCACAAAAUAUGGAUGAAUUACAGCUCCCUGAAGGGUUCAGGCCUGAUUUUCAUCCUAAGAACCCUUAUUCCGAGAGCAUAAAAGAAAUGCUAACAACAUUUGGAACUGCUACUUACAAGGUGGGACUAAAGGUUCAUCCCAAUGAAGAUGAUCCCCGUGUGCCCAUAAUGUGUUGGGGUAGUUGUGCAUACACCGUCCAGAGCCUAGAAAGAAUUUUGAGUGAUGAAGAUAAACCAUUGUUUGGUCCUUUGCCUUGCAGACUGGAUGACUGUCUUCGAUCACUAACAAGAUUUGCGGCAGCACAUUGGACAGUGGUGUCACUUUCAGUGGUGCAGCGACACUUUUGUAAACUUUUUGCAUCAUUGGUGCCUAAUGACAGCUAUGAAGACCUUCCAUGCAUAUUGGAUAUUGACAUGUUUCAUUUAUUGGUGGGCUUGGUGCUUGCUUUCCCUGCGUUGCAGUGUCAGGAUUUUUCAGGGAUCAGCCUUGCCACUGGAGACCUUCACAUUUUCCAUCUGGUUACUAUGGCACACAUCGUACAAAUCUUACUUACCUCAUGUACAGAAGAGAAUGGCAUGGAUCAAGAAAAUUCCACUACUGAGGAAGAACUAGCAGUUCUCGCUUUGUAUAAAACACUUCGCCAGUAUACAGGAAGUGCCUUGAAAGGAAUGCCCUCUGGCUGGCAUCUAUGGAGCAGUGUCAGAGCUGGAAUCAUGCCUUUCCUGAAGUGUUCUGCUUUGUUUUUUCAUUACUUAAAUGGAGUUCCUUCCCCACCUGACAUUCAAGUUUCUGGAACAAGCCAUUUUGAACAUUUAUGUAGCUAUCUUUCUCUACCAAACAACCUCAUAAGCCUUUUUCAAGAAAAUAGUGAGAUAAUGAAUUUACUGAUUGAACGUUGGUGUCAUAACAAUGAAGUUAAAAGAUAUCUAGAAGGUGAAAGAGAUGCUAUAAGCUAUCCAAGAGAAUCUAACAAAUUAAUAGACCUUCCAGAAGAUUACAGCAGCCUCAUUAAUCAAGCAUCCAAUUUCUCGUGCCCCAAAUCAGGUGGAGAUAAAAGCAGAGCCCCGACUCUGUGCCUUGUGUGUGGGACCCUGCUGUGCUCCCAGAGCUACUGCUGCCAGACUGAACUGGAAGGGGAGGACGUGGGAGCCUGCACAGCUCACACCUAUUCCUGCGGCUCCGGGGCAGGCAUCUUCCUGAGAGUACGGGAAUGUCAAGUGCUAUUUUUAGCCGGCAAAACCAAAGGCUGUUUUUAUUCUCCUCCUUACCUUGAUGACUAUGGGGAAACUGACCAGGGACUCAGACGGGGAAAUCCUUUACAUUUGUGUAAAGAGCGAUUUAAGAAGAUUCAGAAGCUCUGGCACCAACACAGCAUCACAGAGGAAAUUGGACACGCACAGGAAGCAAAUCAGACACUGGUUGGCAUUGACUGGCAGCAUUUAUAAUAUCUUCACUACCAAAAACAUAAACUUGGAUUUCUGUAACACAGUUGGCUUUUCAAGAGAGUAGGAUAUAGGUUCUGAAUUUUGAAAGAAAUUCUUUAUUUAAAUUUUC